AUGGAAAAAUAUAAUAUAAUUCAAAAUUUAGGAGAUGGUACAUACGGUCAAGUUUACAAAGCUUAAAAUAUAAAAACAGGAGAAUAUGUGGCAAUAAAAAAAUUAAAAAGAAAAUAUACAAACUGGGAUGAAUGUAUGUCAUUACGUGAAGUACGUUCUUUGCGCAAACUAAAUCAUAUAAAUCUAGUGAAAUUAAAAGAGAUAUUCUAAAUAAAAGACGAAUUAAUGUUAGUAUUCGAAUAUUUAGAAUUAAACUUGUAUUAAAUGUACAUGAAAUAUAAAGAAUAAAAGAAAAGCAUUCCAUUAAAAACUAUUUAAAGUAUUAUAUAUUAAAUAGCAAAAGGUCUAGAUUCUCUUCAUAAAACUGGAUAUUUUCAUAGAGAUUUAAAACCUGAAAAUAUAUUAAUAAAUUAAUCUGAAAAUUAAGUAAAAAUUUGCGAUUUUGGACUUGCAAGAGAAGUUAGAUGUAGACCUCCAUUUACAGAAUAUGUAUCUACAAGAUGGUAUAGAGCACCUGAAGUUUUAUUACAUAGUUAAUCAUAUAAUUCUCCUAUCGAUAUAUUUUCAUUAGGAUGUAUAAUGGCUGAAUUAUAUCUUUUAAAUCCAUUGUUUUCAGGUAAUUCAGAACUUGAUUAAUUUUUUAAAAUUGUUAAUCUUAUGGGAACUCCAAUUAAUUGGAAUGAAGGCUUUAAUUUGGCAAUGAGAAUGGGUGUCAAUAUUCCUAAAAAGGAAAAUAUUCCUUUAAACGAUGAUAUUUUAAAAGCCAAAAUAAAAAUAUUGACUAAAAUUGAUAAAAACAUUCCUAAUUAUGAAAAAGGAUUAAAAUGGUUUCUUUUUGAUUUGAAUGAUAAAAUAAGAUUAAAUUAUAGAUAAGCUUUAUUAGCAACAGAUUAUAAAGAUAUUGUAUAAACAUCUGAAUAAUUUUUACUUGAUAAAAUUUAAAAAGGUUAAAGUAGUUAAGUAAUGGUACUAUGUCAAGAUAAUGUAGAAAAAUAUGUAAAAUUAGGAUGGAAAAUUGAAAAAGCUGUACAUGGUAUUUCAGUUAAAUAAUAAAGUUAUAAAUAAAAUGAAAAUUAAUAGUUUACUUUUAGUUAAUUUAUUUGA